GGUUUCCACCGGGUGGAGGCGCGAGCCGAGGCUGUGUCCGGGUCGCUGCGCUGAGCCGGAGGCUGGGGAAGUCAGAGCAGAGCAGGACAGAGCAGAGCAGCAUGAGUGGGAAAGAGCCGCUCCUGGGCGCUCUGAAAGUGUGCAUUCUCAACUUCCAGGGAAGCAGUAGUCCUUACACAGAUACCUGUCCGCAUUUACAAUCCUUUUGUGAGAUCCUGGAAACGAUUCUUCGGAAAGGUUUAAAACAGCCAGUUCUGGGAUUCAAGAGGAAGGACUAUUGGCACUGGCUAGAGCAACUUCCACAGCAGGAGAACCACCACAGUAGGACCCUUCUGUCCAUGAUGAUUGAGAGAACAAAUUCUAGUGAGAAGGUGCUGACAGCCCAAGGAAGAGGGCGGUACUUCCUGCGUUUGGCUUUGAAUGGGAAGUUAUUAGCAGUUGCUGUUCAGCAGCUCAUCAGAGUUCCCAGGCUGCUUGAGUGUUAUGAUCCAAUAACAUCCAUCCUGGGCAAUGAAGAAUUUUCAGAGCCUUUCUUCUCUAUGAUGUUGGUGGUCACAGAAAUGAAUUUCUCCUUAGAUUUGCAGAAUUCCAGUUUCUUGGAUGAAAGCUGGCAACUUCCGGUGUGCCAGACUUAUGAAACUGUCCCUUGCCGGGAACUGGGAAUGGUGCUAAGAUAUUUAGAUGGACGGAUUUUCAUAAUAGAUGUGCUUCCAAAGAGCCAGGCAGAGGUGGAUGAGGUAGUACUAGUUGGAGAUGUCAUAGAUGAGAUAAAUGGAUCUUCACUGAGGAAUGCAUGCAAUGGACAGGCUGGCACAGUGCUGCAGAAGCUGAAAGGCAAGCCACUAAGCUUUCGCCUAAUCAGGUGGAAAUGGCAUGAUGGAGGGAUGUACAAGCCAUUGUUGCCCUACCUAAAAGUUCUCAGAGAAAAAAUCCCCAGCUUCCAACUCCAACAUGAGCACAGACCUAAAGAAGAGAAUGAGGAGCGAAGUUUGCAAGGAGGCAGGCUCUUGUACAAUCUACGGUACUUAGGCCAGGCCAAUGUAGGAAAGUAUGGAGGCAAAGAGGUAUUAGACCUAGGCAUACCUAUGGUGUUAGAUAAACAUUUACCACAACAGGACAUUUUAUUUGAUAUCAAAGAAACUGAAGUAAUUCUUCAACAGAAAACUGCUUCGAAGGUUCUUUUCCGUUACUCUUAUACAGACAUUUCCUGUGUGGGACGCCGUCUGGAUAGCAACAAUCUCUUUGCUUUCUGUAGCAUAGCUUCACCUGACUCUCCAGAAAAUAGCACUUUUGACUGCCUAGUGUUUGAAUCAAAUUCUGAAAAGGAAAGUGAGGAGAUCAUAAAAAGAAUUGGUAAGGAUAUAUGCUUUGGAAUGUUUCAGUGGUAAGUAGUAAGGUUUUCUGUAUUACUCUAUACCUCAGAGUUUUACCUUUUCUGUAACUUCCCUCCAUUUAGGCAUUCUCCAGAAUACAUGGGUUGGGGUAGGCUGAGUCCUAUUGCACUAAUGAAACUCUUUUAAGGCAAUCUAAAGUUAUAUGCAAAUAUAUACAGGAUAAAGCUCAUAGUUCUUUGAUAUAAUUAUCACUUUGGCUAGGCUUUCUAACAAAUCUAUUUUUACAUUUCAGAUUCCUCAAUAAAGGCUUGAUGGCUAACUAUGAAAUAAAUAAAAAAAAUAGACCAAGGCAAUUAGUAAUAUAACGUAGUCCUAUAGUAUUUGAUGUCUAAAGAUUUCAAAACUUGGAUUGAUUUGAGUUUCAUUAAUCAAAUCUAAAAUUUGGACUAAACAUUCCUAGAUGAACUAAAAUCCAGAAUGUCCCUCAGACAGAUAUGGCUCUUAAACAGUGCUAGCAGUUAUGCAUCUAGCAUGAAGGUUUUUAUGAAUACAGCAGUAAGCAAUCUGUGAUGUGUCAGAAAAAAAAUUUCAGGUAUGACAAACUGUGUUUGUUUCUUUAGCUGCUGGAUUUAAGCACACAGAAUGGUUUGUCUGACAGAUGUGAUGCUCUGCCGCUGGGCUUCUACCUACUUUUGGAGCCUCAUUGGCCUGCAAAAGUCUAAUUUCAAUCAGUGAUAUCUUGAUGGGUCAACUCUUGGAUUAUGGAGUCGCUUGGUACAGAUUGAAAUUCUGUCCAGAUACAAUUGUUUCACAUAAAUCAUAACUGAAGACUCAACUUUUUCACAAUGUUUACAUUGACACUUUUAAAAAUGGAAUAAAAUUAAGCUGAAGCCAUAAA